AGCGAGUGAGACGCUCACAAGCUCCAGAACUUAGCCGCUCGGGCUCCGACACUCUUACACCUCCUCCUAUUUGCUUGUCCGCGCAAUCUGCCUCCUCCCUGUCGUCAAGCACCAUCGGCCUCCCGGAUCCAGGCGACCCCGCAUCGAUACCUGAGACUGGAAGCGUCGCUCCCUCCUCACAUUGCAUUGGCGGGCAGCGGAGCGUAGCACGGGAGAGCGGCGCCGCAGCCUGCAUGCGCGGGUGAAGGUCGGACAACAUGAGCUUCGCAAAGGGAAGCAAUGAGGAUGCGAAGCUCUUUGCUAGGGGCAAAGUGGCGGAGCUGCGCCAGGAACUCAAUGCCGCGGGCGGCAAGAAAGACAAGGGAUUCUUGAACAAGAAGAUUGCCCUCAAGAAGAUCGUGGCCAAUAUGACGAUGAGCAACAACGAUAUGCUGGCUUUGUUCCCCGAUGUCGUGGGCGUAAUGCAGUUGCCCAGCCUGGAGAUCAAGAAGAUGUGCUAUCUAUUCCUCGUCAACUAUGCCCGCAUGAAACCUGAGAUUGCUCUCAAGGCUCUCCCAAUUCUCUUGGCGGACCUCGAAGACUCCAAUCCUCUCAUGCGCGCCCUAGCCCUUCGAACCAUCUCCUACAUUCACGUUCGCCAAUUCGUCGAGUCGACUCUGCAACCACUCAAAGGCUUGUUAAAAGACAACGAUCCCUAUGUUCGCAAGACUGCGGCAUUCUGUGUCGCCAAACUCUAUGAUCAUGACCGCGCGCUGGUGGAGGGGAGCGACUUGAUUGAUCGCUUGAAUAUGAUGCUCCGCGACGAGAACCCUACCGUCGUCACCUCUUCAUUGGCAGCUCUCAUGGACAUCUGGGAGCGGAGUGAGACAAUCAAAUUCUCCAUCGAUUAUGGCAAUGCGAGCAAGAUUGUCCAGAUUCUUCCAGACUGCUCCGAAUGGGGACAAACGUACAUCCUUGAAGCUCUCACAUCAUACGUCCCUCAGGACACCAGUGAAGCUGCUCUUCUCGCUGAACGGAUUACACCUCGACUGUCACACACCAACUCGGCCGUUGUCUUGACCUGCAUUCGAGUCAUUCUCUACCUAAUGAACUACAUCGAAUCCGAAAGGACCAUCUCCGCCCUGUGCGCCAAACUCAGCCCUCCCCUGGUCACGCUCCUCAGCAAAGGCCCGGAAAUUCAGUACCUCGCCCUCCGAAAUGCUCUACUGAUCCUGCAGCGAAGGCCGGAAGUCCUUAGGAACGACAUCCGCGUCUUCUUCUGCAAGUACAACGAUCCCAUUUACGUGAAGGUGACGAAGCUGGAGCUCAUCUUCAUGCUGGCCACCGAAAAGAACAUCAAGGAGGUUCUGACAGAACUGAGAGAGUACGCGACCGAGAUCGAUGUGCACUUUGUGCGAAAAUCGGUCCGCGCCAUUGGCAAGCUGGCCAUCAAGAUCGAGCCGGCCGCCAGGCUCUGCAUUACCACACUUCUGGAGCUGGUAGCGACGAAAGUCAGCUAUAUCGUGCAGGAGGCGACGGUGGUAAUCAAGAACAUCUUCCGCAAGUACCCCAACCAGUACGAAUCCAUCAUUUCGACGCUGUGCGAGAAUCUGGACUCGCUGGACGAACCAGAAGCGAAGGCAGCGAUGAUCUGGGUUAUUGGGCAAUAUGCCGAUCGGAUAGACAAUUCAGAGGUCCUGCUCGAGGACUUCUUGGACAGCUGGACGGAUGAGCCGCAUGAGGUCCAACUUGCACUGCUGACCGCUACGGUGAAGCUGUUCAUUCAACGCCCGACAAAGGCUCAGGACUUGGUUCCGAAAGUGCUUAAAUGGGCUACGGAGGAGACCGACAACCCCGAUUUGCGCGACAGAGGGUAUAUGUACUGGCGGCUGCUCUCUUCGAACCCCGCCGCUGCGAGAUCUAUUGUGAUGGGCGAGAAGCCGCCGAUUACGGCCGAGAGCGAAAAGCUGGACCCCAUCACGCUCGAAGAGAUGUGUCUCGUUGUGGGAACACUGGCCACCGUGUACCUGAAACCGGUUCACAUGGUCUUCCGAUCGACACGAGUCCGACGACUCCAAGACUCACCAGCGCUGCAAAAGACUAAGCUGCCUUCGUACCUAGCCGCGCAGCAGGCCAAGCUUCUUACGGACACCAACGGCGGCGCUGUGCAAGCCAACGGCCAUGCACCAGCUGCCGGUGCCAACGGCGAUGUGCUGGAUGAGGCGGACGCGUACUUUGCUUCUAUUGGAACGCAGCCGCUUCAAAUGUCUUCGAAUGGAGAUUUCGAGAGCAGUCUCACCACUGCGGGCGGGAUGGAGCAGACGUACGUGGUGAAUCAAGGGCAGGGCUUAGGCCAAGCGCCGCCUAUGAUGCAUGCUUCGCAUGGCGACGGAGACUUGUUGGGAUUGUAGCGUUCCGAUUAGUUUGGUUGUAGUCAUGAAGAUACCCCAUUCUCAUUGCAGCUCGGGGAAUAAAACUCACCGCGGAAAGGUCAAAAGUCGUG